UGAAGGAAAGCCACAGGAGAAGCUGAGCCUCCCAUUCUUCUCCAAUGGAGGCUCCCCAUGGCGCAGCUUCCUCUCUAGACCUAUCCCUGACACUGGCCCCCAUGCCGCCACCAUCACCAGGAGCACCCCUAUCCUCAUCCUUCUGGCCUGCAGCAGACGCCGUUGCCGUCGGCAAUGACGGCUAUAGCCAGGGCAACGGUGGCGGCCGCGACGAAGCGACACCAUCGAGGCGGCUGUUCUCGUGCCUCUUCUGCGAGAAGAAGUUCCUCAAGUCGCAGGCACUGGCAGGCCACCAGAACGCGCACAAGAAGGAGAGGGUCGGCAGCUGGAACGCCCACCUCUACCUCCAAGCUGACCACGACGACCAGCCGGCCACCCCGACGGCUACGGUGCCGGCAAGGAGCUGGCGGCGCGCGUGCCUCGAGGACCACGAGAAGCAGAUGCUUCUACCGCAGCAUCUUGAUCUCAACCUUAAGCUUUAAUUAGCUAAUUUGUGUGUAGGUUUUCCUAUCUUCCUUUCAAUCUCAUCCUCCUUGAACUAGCUAUAUAUUAGCUUCUGUGUGUGUGUGUGCGCGCACUAGACCUACGACGUGCGUACGUAAUUAUAUGCUGGCAAGCAUGUUCGUAUUAUACUGUACAUAUACUUUGGUUUGUACUACCGACAGUCUUCCCCCUAGCUAGGUUUU